AUGUCUAGAAUGAACCAACAGACUCAUUGGGAUGAUUUUCCCAACCAUCGACUACCAACAAUCGCCAGCCUGAACCAACCCAUGGAUGUUUGGAUGUCAUCUGGUGCCUUACUUCCAGAACUUCAACCCGUUUACUCUGAUGUCCCCCAAGCAGUUUCUCUCCCCACCCCUUCGAAUGCAGUGCAAGCACAGGACGUAAGACUAGAUACUGCCACCUCUGGAGGCGCGAUGCCAAUCGCAAGACCACAGGAGUCAGUUCCUUUGCAGCCGCCUUGUCGAUCGGAGCCUAUAAUCGCCCGAGAACAUGGAGGUUCUUCACAUUCCCUCCUCGAUAGAGGACGUGUUGACAACACCUCUUCUAAGCGACCCUCGCGCAAACCAAAAGCACCGCCUCUUGGAGAGUCGCAAUGGGAGCAGAGAAAGCCAUACAUCGAGCAACUUUAUAUGCAAGAAGACCUACCUUUGUCAGAAGUGAUACGAAGAAUGGAAGAAACCCACAAGUUUUUCGCGACAGAAAGGAUGUAUAAGAACAAGUUCAAGGCUUGGCGAUGGUCUAAAAACACUCCUGCUGCAUGGAUGGCAAAGAAAGCGCGACAACGCAAGCUUGAUGGAAAAGACACAGUGUUCUACUGGAACAAUCAGAGGUGGACUUCAGACGAGUUGGCACAGAGGAAUGGCAAAGUCUGGCAGAAUCAGAGUGGCGAUGGCACAAUGAUCAUCUGCGGCCGCACCCCUAACGAUACCAAAUAUUACACGCCUGGAAAUGAGAGCCCUCAGUUGGGCUUCAUCUCUCAUCAACCUCACGGCUCGAACGAGAGAAACCAGGGAGAGACAUUUUACCUUGACACACCACCAGUUAAUCUUGAAUAUCACAAAACAACAUUGUCUCAACUUCAUGAUUUACUGAAAGAAGCCUCUUGUGCAGCCUCGACUGGAAAGGUGAAUGAUGCCGAUGCUGACUUUCGCGAUUCUGUAUCAGGAUUCCGUUUCAAGCUCUCACCAACUCACGACGAAACUAUUAGGGCUGCAUAUAUGUAUGCAUGCUUCUAUGCGAAAACCAACCAGAUGGACAAAGCAGAUGCUGUACUAAACUGGAUGUCCAACCAUCAUGUCAAGAAGUGGGGGUCAAGUCAUGAUAAUACCUAUCUCCACUAUGCACGCACGAUAGAACUGUUUCAAUCUUGGGGUCGUCAAGAGGAUGCUGAGGUCCUUGUCUACAGACUCCUGGAUGAUCAGAUGGGCGAAGGGGUCAACCUCCUCGACAUAGGCCAUGAACCGUACGUUCAACGCGCAAGCGCAUGCGCCCAUUUCGACAAAUCGUUCCCUGACACGGAUGAUCCCGAGCAAAUAAGCCAGCAACUCAGCAAAAUAAAUUUGGCAAUUAUGUCAAACAUCAAGGGCUUGAACAAUGUUCUUGAAGUUAUCAUCGAGCAUUGCGAUCAAAAGCCUCUUGACCUGAAUAUGUCGUUACAAGCUUGCCGGGCCAAGUGUACACUUGCAACAUGGCAUAACAACGAUGGCGAUCGUGGACUGGCUUUGAAUAUCUUAAAGGGUGCCAGAAGAUCAAUCACGCCCUUUAUUAUUGUCGAGGAACAGCCCAUGUCGCGCGCGACAAUACAAACUGCAAAGACACUUGCUUAUCAGUUUCUAGAGAUGAGGGAGGAUUCUUGUUCCAAUGCUGUUCUUGAAGACGUUGUUGGCUCGCUCAAUUCACGCUGCCAAACCUUUGACUGCGACGACAACGACAAGGCGUUUCUGCUGGAUUUUGUUCUCACUGUUGCUUUCCGUCUUCACGAGGUUGCCUCUUGGGAUAAAUGCCGAUAUUGGGUCGAGCGGGGGUUGGGCCUUGCCAUGAAGCUGCAUGGCUUAAAGUCGCCCGAGGCUCGCAGAUUUCAAAAGAUAUUGGACAAAGAGGACUUUGAUAUGAGAAGUUCAAUAAGCGUUCAUGAUCUGAUGAAGGCUUCCGGUGGGUUGUUCAACAUUAGGUUGGUUUCUAACUCAGGCUUUCUGUAA